CGCACGCGUCGGCCAUCUGACAAGCGGCGCAGCUUUUUUUUUCAGUCGGCUGCGUCUGCUCUUCACAGUCGUGCGCAAGGCCUGCUGGUUGUAUCGUCUCUGCGGCCAAGCUAGCGUGGUUCGUGUGCUGACCUCUGUGUUUCUACGUGCAGAGUGUGCUUGCGUCGCUCGUAUAGCAGUUUUAGAAUAGGACGCGCAAAGAUAGCGUUUGUUGCGGGCGCGUUUCGUCACUUGACGCGGGUGCCCGCGAGGCUAUAUACCGUACGACGCAUGCGCUGUGAUGGCGAACGCUGACGCAGUGCUUUGCGUACCCUAUUACAAAGCUCUCUAGUGCGAGCAAGACGACAUGCAGACGAUUCCUCAAGCGUAUUCUGGCAGACGACGGCCUGACUGACGGCGGUGACGUCAAGUUCAUCAGGGACGUCUGUUUUGUUUUGACGAAGCAGCCAUGUUUCCGGCGACGUCGGCGGCUCGUUACGUGUUGUGCCUGAUCGCCGCUCUGCUGGCUGUGCUUGGGCGACAGACGGAAGUGGUUGUGCGCGGCGAAGACGGCUUAUCGUCGCGCGAUAUGGUUGUGGUCACUUCCGGUGCCAUGGUCGACCAAGAGAGGGAGCCGGGAUUCUGGGCGUCCUUCAGGACUUACAUGCUGGGCGAGCACUAUACGAGUAAGCAUGACUGGCAUCACCAUUUCUUCAAUCGCUACGUGCCCCUCUUCGGCGUCAUAACCUUGUCCCUGGUGGCGAUCGCCCUCUGCCUCAGCUACUGGUGUCAAGACCGCAACUCUCCGGAGACGGAGUCGUCCCGGGCGCAUCUGGAGGAGAUGCGCCGAAUGCAGUGCGGAGAGAGGGUCGCCAUGUACACCAUGCCACCCAGCACCGACACCUACACCCAACACGGAGGCCCGGGACACGUAAGUCAGGACUUCUACGGUUACCCACCGCCACCGCCACGAUACAACUACGCCACGUUCGAUCCCACAGCUCCUGUGUCGGGACCACUGCAGCCUUCCGCACCGCCGGCCUACCGCUCACGAUGACGCGAGCCUCGCGCCUGCCUUCCAAGGCCCGCAUCCCUUCGUUCGGGGUCGCGACGCACGUGCGGCCCCCUGGACCCUGCGGAUUGCUUGAGGCGGCUUCCGGACGCUCCCGGCAGCUGCCCCAAUGACCGCGGGACGAGCGCCUUCACUCCGCGGUGCUCGUCUCCCAUCGAAGACAGCGCGUUCCUCACGAGUACGUGCAUGGAAUCGGAGGUUGCCAGCGCGCCAGAGUCUUCGUCACACGAUUUCGGUGACGUGACCGCGAUGAACGCUGUCCUGCGUCCAAGUCGGGGCCCACCUCGAAGUCACAACCCGCUGACAAUGGUGUCCGACGAAUGGUGACGUGCCCUCUUUUGGAAAAUAAAACACAUAUUCUUGCCCCAAACUA